AUGUCUACUGAGUCCAAAACUAUUGAUGACAAGGUCCAAAAGUAUACUAUUACCGCGGUAAAAAAGGUGGCUAAUGACAAUGAGGCCGCAGUGUGUCACAAGCAAAAGUAUGCCUAUGCCGUGUUCUAUUGCCACAAGACUAAGGAUACAUCUGCGUAUACGGUGUCCUUGAUGGGCGCGGAUGGAUCAAAGGCUAAGGCAAUGGCUGUGUGUCAUAAGGAUACGAGUGCUUGGAACCCGAAACACUUGGCUUUCCAAGCUCUUAAUGUGAAGCCAGGAAGUGUUCCGAUUGGUGUAGUAUUAAGCCAAGCAUCUCUACCAUCUGAAAUUUAUUGGAAGAAAAUGUUGCCAAAUACUGAAAUGCCAAAGGCUGUUAAGCUUUCAUUGUCUGAGCCAGGUAUUUGUUCUUCAAUAUUAAAACGUUUGUAA